CUACUUCAUACCUCAUCUAUCUACAUCAUUACAAUGGGUUGGUUCUCUGAAGACUCUGACCAGGCCAACGCCUACGACCAGGUUAACAACGCCCCCCACAAGGCUGAGCUCUCGCACGAGCUCAUCUCUGGUGCCGCUGCCUACGAGGCUGCGAAGGCGUACGAGAAGCACUGCGCUGCCAACGGCAAGCCCGAGUCCCACGCCGAGGCGAAGGAGCUUCUUGCUGGCUUCGCUGGUGCGUUCGUCGACCGCUUGGUCGAGACCAAGGGUCUUGACUUCAUCGACCGCGAGAAGGCGAAGCGUCAUGCCCAGGAGCAGGUCGACGUCAACGUCGUCCAGCAGGACUACACCGUCUACUAGGCGGGGGUUGUCGCGGUGAAUGGCAGAAAGUAGUUGUGUAGUCUGUACCUAUAUCGAUAAGACUUGUGCAAUGAUACCAUCCGAUAACAUCACAGCGCAUUGAUUGA